AUGGAUCGUCGAGACGCCCACGCUCAGGCACGCUUGGACGAAGCCGACGCUCAGCGACGUGAAGCGAUUGCUGUCGCUCACCAGCAGCAGCGCCUGACGCAGCACCAGCAUCAAGCACAGGGCAUUCAGCAUCCUCAAGUCCUGGGCCAGCCCUUCAACUACAGCAAUGAGCAGCUGUCAAUUCAAUCCGCCUACGGAACACCGCUCGCAGAAGCCAACUACGCCGCUGUUCCGGCUGCCCAGUACCUGUCGCCAUUCCAGGGACACGUCCAGCAACCGAGCCAGGGCCAGCAGUACUUCCCAGGCACCGCGGCGCAGUUCAACCCAGGACUGUACCCUCACCAAGCCGCCGCUAGCUGCUCCUGCGGCUGCGGUGCUGUAGCUGCUCCGACCAUCAACCCGCACCAGCUCCACCCCGGCGCAGGUUCCUUCAAUGCUGCUCUCCUCCAGCAGCCCUACCAGCUCAGCGCCUUCUCCGUUCCGACAACCGCGCCCGGAGUUCCAGCCGUAGCACCUGCUCCAGCUCAGACCUUCGCCGCCGACAACCUGGCUCAUUUGCACGCUCGUCGUGCUGCUCAUCUCCAGCGUCUUUCUCGUGCUUCUGCUUCUCACCGCGUCGUCGCUCCGUCUGCUACUGCAGUGACCAAUGGUACUAAUCCGAAUCGUGUGCAGAACAACCAGAAUCUCCCGUCAGCCACAGCAGCUGCCCCACCGACGAUGAAGGAAGUCCUGGAGUAUCGGGCUCGAAACGAAGGCCCCGACAACAAGGCUUUCAACCGUACCGUCGAGAGGAAGCUUCGCGUUGAAGCUUGGCUCCAGACCGGGAAGGACAGCACUCGUCGCCGAGGCUGCUCCCCGUCUUCGUCAACGCCGGGCCCGAAACCGGUGAAGCGCGUCGUCAAGAAGCAGGAAGCGUCCUCUUCGCCAGCUGCUGGCCGCAUCAUGCGUUCGGGUCUGCGUUCGCAGUCCGCGGCUGUCAAGGAGAAAGAGGUGUCUCCUCCCCCAUUGUUGAUCGACUUUGAGGAGGGCUCCUCCACGAUCAAGGAACCGACGCCGGAGGUCGAUUCUGAAGGUCGCAUUCGCUCCUAA